AUGGCAUUCCCUAAAAAGAAGGUUUUGAUAUUGAUGCAAGAUAUAUUCACAGGUGGGACUGAAACUUCAUCCACAACGGUGGAAUGGGCAAUGUCUGAGGUGAUUAGGAAUCCAAAUGUGAUGGCCAAGGCACAGAAUGAAAUUAGGAAAGCUUUCAUGGGAAUCAAAACAAUUGAAGAAACUGAUGUUGAGAAAUUGCCAUACCUAAAAUUAGUGAUAAAAGAAACUCUCAGGUUACAUCCGCCUAUUCCUUUAUUGGUUCCCAGAGAAUGCAGGGAGGAAUGUGAAAUUGAUGGAUAUGUCAUCCCAAUUAAAACACGAGUUAUGGUCAAUGCUUGGGCAAUUGGAAGGGACCCCAAGUAUUGGGAUGAUGCGGAGAGUUUUAAACCUGAGAGAUUCGAGAACCAUCCUGUUGAUUUCACUGGAAACAACUUUGAGUAUCUCCUAUUUGGAGCAAGAAGGAGGAUUUGUCUUGGAAUUUCUUUUGGUUUAGCGAAUGUUGAGCUCCCUUUAGCUCUUCUGCUCUACUGCUUUGACUGGCCAUUGGCCUCAACUACAACGACUUAG